UCUACCAAGGUUAGAGAUAAGUGUUAUAUGUGUAAACUGAUCGAAUAACCACGUGACAGCUGGUGCAAGUGUUAAAGUAACAUUACAGAGUGAAGUAGCCAGGAUUGUAUGAAUGAAUUCAUAUCACCUGAGAAAAGUGCUUUCACACACUGUCUCCUUGGUAAAACACCUCAGCUUCCGUACCAUGUCUGUGGAUCCAGGAAACCUCAAGUACUUACGUCAAGAUGAAGCUCAAAAGAUCGACGAAGAAUUGUUUGACGAGUACAGGUUCAGUGUGGACCAGUUGAUGGAACUUGCCGGCUACAGUUGCGCUGUUGCCAUAGCAAAGUGCUACCCUCCCGAAACGAUGACACGUGACAACCAUGCUGUUCUGGUUUGCUGCGGUCCGGGGAAUAAUGGCGGUGACGGUCUAGUAUGUGCUAGACACCUCAAGAUGUUUGGUUUUAAACCUUCGAUCUACUACCCUAAACAAAACAAGAAGGAUCUCUUCACGAAUCUGAUGAAACAGUGUGAGGGGAUGGACAUGCCUUUUCUCUCCUUCUUUCCUUCCGAGGCUCAUCUUAUCACACAGUCCUACAACCUAGUCGUGGACGCCUUGUUCGGCUUCAGUUUCAAGGGCCCGCCCCGAGCUGACUUUGCAAACGUAUUACACACCCUGUCUAAAGUGGAGAUUCCUAUUUGUAGCAUAGACGUACCGUCUGGUUGGGAUGUAGAGAAUGGAAACCCGGAGGGACUCCAGCCGGAGUUUCUUAUAUCACUCACGGCGCCUAAACUGUGUGCUAAGUUGUUUAAGGGAAAAUAUCAUUACCUUGGAGGUCGCUUCGUGCCCAAGACCCUAGAGAAAAACUACGGUUUGUGUUUACCCGCAUAUCCUGGGACAGAAUGUGUGGUGGAGCUCAAAACUCAAACACCACAUGAGCAAAAAGCAGAUGAAAAGGACAAAGAUAAAGAGAAUCAUCAAGCCUAAGAAGCUGACGUCAGUGAAGACGUCAUGAGGACGUUUUUCGUGCUUGAAUGACCUACUGUGUAUAAAUGAACAUAGGCUUCCAUCAAUUCGGUUUAUAUGGCUAAUGUAAACCGGAACGUCUGUCCGCUUCACGUCCAGAUCCUGGCCUCCUAUCACUACUACGUAAUCAUGACGUCAUAAUUAUAUAAUUAUGUGAAAAGUGUGAUAUCAAACAGUGUUGAUAUUUAAAAUGUCAGAAAUUGCUAAUGAAGGAGAGGUUCUACACUGGUUUUAAUGAGAACCUGGACGCUGAUAGCCAUUACCUACUUAUACACAGACUACACUGAUUACAAUAAUCUCCUAUUCAUGACGUACAUAUAUUCUUUCACUGAUGUUGAAGACGUAUUAAUAUAUAUAUAUAUAUAUCACAGUGACUUACAGAUGCACUGAGUUUGAUGACGUAACUAUACAUAUAUUACGAUGACGUAUUGAGGCACUUAUUUUGAUGACAUAAUCAUACAUAUAUUACAAUGACGUAUUGAGGCACUUAUUUUGAUGACAUAAUCAUACAUAUAUUACAAUGACGUAUUGAGGCACUUAUUUUGAUGACGUAACUAUACAUAUAUUACAAUGACGUAUUGAGGCACUUAUUUUGAUGACGUAACAAUUCAUAUAUUACAAUGACGUAUUGAGGCACUUAUUUUGAUGACGUAACUAUACAUAUAUUACAAUGACGUAUUGAGGCACUUAUUUUGAUGACGUAACUAUACAUAUAUUACAAUGACGUAUUGAGGCACUUAUUUUGAUGACGUAACUAUACAUAUAUUACAAUGACGUAUUGAGGCACUUAUUUUGAUGACGUAAUCAUACAUAUAUUACAAUGACGUAUUGAGGCACUUAUUUUGAUGACGUAAUCAUACAUAUAUAAGAGUGACGUAUUGAGGCACUUAUUUUGAUGACGUAACUAUACAUAUGUUACAAUGACGUAUGGAGGCACUUAUUUUGGUGACGUAAUCAUACAUAUAUUACAAUGACGUAUUGAGGCACUUAUUUUGAUGACGUAAUCAUACAUAUAUUACAGUGACGUAUUGAGGCACUUAUUUUGAUGACCUAACUAUACAUAUAUUACAAUGACGUAUUGAGGCACUUAUUUUGAUGACGUAACUAUACAUAUAUUACAAUGACGUAUUGAGGCACUUAUUUUGAUGACGUAACUAUACAUAUAUUACAAUGACGUAUUGAGACACUUAUUUUGAUGACGUAAUCAUACAUAUAUUACAAUGACGUAUUGAGGCACUUAUUUUGAUGACGUAAUCAUACAUAUAUUACAAUGACGUAUUGAGGCACUUAUUUUGAUGACGUAUCCACUUAAUGAUUGUAACUCACUUUGUACAUCUUGGUUUAUAUGUUAUUACACCAUGUUACCUUGGGUUGUCUAGGGGACGAUAUUUUACAUUUAAUGUACCACCAUCAUCAGACAGGUCACUGGUCCGUCAUCAGAUAGGUCAGAGGUCCGUCAUCAGAUAGGUCAGAGGUCCGUCAUCAGAUAGGUCAGAGGUCCGACAUCAGAUAGGUCACUGGUCCGACAUCAGAUAGGUCAGAGGUCCGUCAUCAGAUAGGUCAGAGGUCCGUCAUCAGAUAGGUCAGAGGUCCGUCAUCAGAUAGGUCAGAGGUCCGACAUCAGAUAGGUCACUGGUCCGACAUCAGAUAGGUCAGAGGUCCGUCAUCAGACAGGUCAGAGGUCCGACAUCAGAUAGGUCACUGGUCCGUCAUCAGAUAGGUCAGAGGUCCGUCAUCAGAUAGGUCAGAGGUCCGUCAUCAGAUAGGUCAGAGGUCCGUCAUCAGACAGGUCACUGGUCCGUCAUCAGAUAGGUCAGAGGUCCGUCAUCAGAUAGGUCAGAGGUCCGUCAUCAGAUAGGUCACUGGUCCGACAUCAGAUAGGUCAGAGGUCCGUCAUCAGACAGGUCAGAGGUCCGGUUGGCAUUGCUAUCUCCUGAGAAUAGUUGGUAAGGUGUUUUCCAAUUUUCAAAUGUAGUUUAUGAUUACGUCCUAGUUGUGCCCCUUUGAUUUUUUUUUUUUUUUUUUCAGAAACGAAAAAUAGCUAACAGGCAGUUAUCUUGUUACCUGAAUAUGAAAUUGGUUAUCAGUUUAUCUUGAGGACAAGACAAUGAUGGGCGCCCGGAUCAUUCUGGAAUUUUUUGUUAACAUGAUCGGUGAAUAAUUAUCAGUUAAUUAGUUAAACAAAUGUUUUUGAUAAAGCGAUGAAUAAUGAUAGAAAAUACCUUUAUACCUUGCGUUUACGUGGAUACUAGAAAACUAGAAAUUAAAACCUACCCGGAAAGUAUUGGGUUUUUUAAAGACACAUUACGAAGACUACACGACAUAUUUAAGUGGUUUAACAUUGCUGUAUACAAGUUGACAAUCCCAGAAACGCUAAAUAAAUCUAACACAGUUACACGUGAACAAUGCUCGUCUUUUUCUUUUCGUUGGAGUGGCUUUUUAUUUUAUUUGUCUGUAUAUAUAUUGAUCGUAAAUAGAUAUCAAUGUUGAAUUAUUCCCAGGUGGGACGGUCCGUUUCUAAGACGGUAUAAAUAAGUUACCCAGUCUCACUAAACUGACUAUUAUAAUGGGUUUUUAAUGUCUCAUGUUCGUGGUAUACGGAAAUAAGUAGACUUUAAAUCGAUAUGAUGAUCUGUAUGUUUUGUGUUGAGUCUAUUUUGUCAGUAACUACUGUCCUGCGCCAAAGUUGUGUAACGUAGACAGGGGAGAACACGGACUAAUUGUAAUGUUUUGUGUUGAGUCUAUUUUGUCAGUAACUACUGUCCUGCGCCAAAGUUGUGUAACGUAGACAGGGGAGAACACGGACUAAUUGUAAUUAUCGCGUCUGUUUUAAGGCAACUUGCUUGGUUAUGUAAUACAGAAGGAAUUAAUUUGAUGACAUGUUUUGUCAGGAUAUUCAAUAUUGUUUACAGAGAACAUUGUUGAUGUUAACGAAAAGUGCCAAUGUGUAGAGCGGGAAAAAAAAACAUCGAAAUUGGAUACAGGUAUUACUCUGAAAACAAGUUUUUUUUCUUUGAAAUAAGUCCCUUAAGUUUUACCAAAAUCUUCAGCAAAAACAAGUGUUUUCGAUAACGUCAUUAAACAGAAUAUGGAGCAUUUCGUUUUCAAAGUGUGUGUGUUUUUCUAUCAGUUUUAUUCCACGCUAUAAAAUGUUGGAAUAGCUGAAACUAAUCCUGACAGUACAUGGCAGAUA